UCGGGGGGUGGCGGGGAGGGUGGGACUGGAACGGACACUGAGGCCGGCCCGGAGCCGGACUACGAGGCCCUCCCGCGGGGCUCCGCCGCCUCCACCCACAUGCUCGCAGGGGCUGUGGCGGGGGUGCUGGAGCACAGCCUCAUGUACCCGGUGGACUGUGUCAAGACAAGGAUGCAGAGCCUGCAACCGGAACCUGCUGCUCGCUACCGGAAUGUGCUGGAGGCCCUGUGGCGGAUCGUGCGGACUGAAGGGAUCUGGCGACCCAUGCGUGGAUUGAACAUCACAGCCACAGGGGCAGGCCCUGCUCAUGCCUUGUAUUUCGCCUGCUAUGAAAAGUUGAAAAAGACACUUACCGACAUUAUCCAUGCUGGGGGCAAUAGUCACGUGGCCAACGGCGCAGCAGGCUGUGUGGCAACAUUGCUUCAUGAUGCAGCCAUGAACCCAGCAGAAGUGGUAAAGCAGAGAAUGCAGAUGUACAACUCUCCAUACCAGCGAGCAACAGACUGUGUACGUGCUGUAUGGUGCAAUGAAGGGGCAGGAGCUUUCUACCGAAGCUACACCACUCAGCUGACGAUGAACAUCCCCUUCCAGGCCAUCCACUUCAUGGCAUAUGAAUCUUUGCAGGAGCACCUCAAUCCUCACAGACAGUACAACCCUAGUUCCCAUAUGGUGGCAGGGGCUUGUGCAGGGGCCAUUGCUGCUGCUGCCACCACCCCAUUGGACGUUUGCAAGACACUGCUGAAUACCCAGGAGGCCCUGGCACUGAAUACCAACAUCAGUGGGCACAUUACAGGCAUGGCUCAUGCAUUCAGGACGGUGUACCGCGUGGGUGGGCUGACUGCCUAUUUUCGAGGGGUACAGGCACGUGUCAUUUACCAGAUGCCCUCCACAGCCAUUGCCUGGUCUGUGUAUGAGUUCUUCAAAUACUUCCUUACCAAGCGAAAGGAGGAGCGAUUGGCCGGGAAGUGAAAUGUGACUCCACCCGCUGGAUUGGCUGGUGCCAGACUCAGAUGACAAGCAAGCCUUUGGAAUAACGAUGCCGCCUCUUGCCUGCUGCUGCAUUUUGCACAGCCCAUCAUCCUUCUCCCAAAUGGAUAGUACACAAUGAGCAGCAGCUUGGCCUGCCCUUUUCUAGCCUGUCACCUAACAAGCAUCUCCCUUGCCCCAAAAGUUGUAUUCCCUUAAAAGAGGUGGAGACUACCAUGAGCUACUGUGAGCACAUUGGAACUUGGGGUGAUGACCUGCAUACCGACCGGGUUGCUGUUAUGACUGCAUGGUGAUGGAGGCAGGGGAAGUGUUAGCUCAGCUGUUGUCUAGUAGCACACACACAAACCUCAUGCUCUCUGGGAAGGCUUUGAUUGUUGUGGCCCUUGGCACCUCCAAUAAAGUCUGCUUUAUCGUCA